AUGUGGGGCCCCGGCUGCGCGGCGCUCUGGGUGCUGCUGCUGGUGCAGGUGGGUGUGCAGGCACCUGCGUGCGCCUGGAGACCCCCAGCGGCCUCACCUGGGAGCCCGAGCAGCCGGCGUCCUCCAGGGCCUGCGGAGUGGCCCGCCUGGCUGAAAAAGGGCGAAUAUGACCUGGUGUCUCCCUAUGAGGUUGACUACAGUGGCAACUACGUGUCCCACGAAAUCACACACCCUCAGAGGAGGAAAAGGGCACUGGCCCAGCCUGGAGUGGACUCUCUUCACCUGCGGCUGAAAGGCUCCAGGCACGACUUCCACAUGGAGUUGAAGACGUCCAGCAAUUUGGUGGCUCCUGGAUUCAUUGUACAGACACUGGGAAAGGGCGGCAUUAAGUCAGUGCAGGCUUUCCCACCUGAGGAUUUCUGUUUUUAUCAAGGCUCCUUACGAUCCCACAAAAAUUCCUCAGUGGCUCUUUCAACCUGCAAAGGUUUGUCAGGCAUGAUAAGAACACAAGAAGCAGAUUACUUCUUAAAGCCACUUCCUUCCCACCUAGCAGGGCGACUCAAUGACUCUGCCGGGGGUGGGCCUCCCUCCCACAUACUCUACAAGAGAUCCACAGAGCCACAGGCUCAGAAGGGGCGCCAGGCAAUGAUGGUCCAGAGGCAGCGGGAGCUGGAAAAUCACCACCUCUUCUACCACGAAAAUCAACACCUGCAAGGUGGCUUUGACCUCAGGCACCCACAAAAGCAGCAUUUCUGUGGAAGACGCAAGAAAUACAUGCCCAAGCCUCCCAAGGAAGACCUUUUCAUCUUGCCCGAUGAGUACAAGUCUUGCUCACGGCACAAGCGCUCUCUUCUGAAGUCCCAUAGGAAUAAAGAACUGAAUGUGGAGACACUGGUGGUGGUCGACAAAAAGAUGAUGCAAAAUCAUGGCCAUGAAAAUAUCACCACCUAUGUGCUGACAAUACUCAACAUGGUGUCUGCUUUAUUCAAAGAUGGAACAAUAGGAGGAAACAUCAACAUUGCAAUUGUAGGUCUGAUUCUUCUAGAAGAAGAACAGCCAGGGCUUGUGAUAAGCCAUCACGCAGAUCACACCUUAAGUAGCUUCUGCCAGUGGCAGUCUGGUUUGAUGGGGAAAGAUGGAACUCGCCAUGACCACGCCAUCUUACUCACCGGUCUGGACAUAUGCUCCUGGAAGAAUGAGCCCUGUGAUACUUUGGGAUUUGCGCCCAUAAGUGGAAUGUGUAGUAAAUAUCGCAGCUGUACGAUUAAUGAAGAUACAGGUCUUGGACUGGCUUUCACCAUCGCCCAUGAGUCUGGACACAACUUUGGCAUGAUCCAUGAUGGAGAAGGGAACAUGUGCAAAAAGUCUGAGGGCAACAUAAUGUCCCCUACAUUAGCAGGACGCAAUGGGGUCUUCUCUUGGUCACCCUGCAGCCGCCAGUACCUGCACAAAUUUUUAAGCACUGCCCAAGCGACAUGCCUUGCUGAUCAGCCAAAGCCUGUGAAAGAAUACAAGUAUCCUGAGAAAUUGCCGGGACAGUUAUACGAUGCAAACACGCAGUGCAAGUGGCAAUUUGGAGAGAAAGCCAAGCUCUGCAUGCUGGAUUUUAAAAAGGAUAUCUGUAAAGCCCUAUGGUGUCAUCGGAUUGGAAGGAAGUGUGAGACUAAAUUUAUGCCAGCAGCAGAAGGCACCAUUUGUGGGCAUGACAUGUGGUGCCGUGGAGGGCAGUGUGUGAAAUACGGUGACGAAGGCCCUAAGCCUACCCAUGGUCAUUGGUCAGACUGGUCUCCCUGGUCACCAUGCUCCAGGACCUGCGGAGGAGGGGUGUCCCACAGAGACCGCCUCUGCACUAAUCCCAAACCAUCCCAUGGCGGGAAGUUUUGUGAGGGCUCCACUCGCACUCUGAAGCUUUGCAACAGUCAGAAAUGUCCCCACGGUAGUGUUGACUUCCGCGCCAUGCAGUGUGCGGAAUACAACAGCAAACGGUUCCGAGGGUGGCACUACAAGUGGAAGCCUUACACGCAAGUAGAAGAUCAGGACUUAUGCAAACUCUACUGUAUCGCAGAAGGAUUUGAUUUCUUCUUUUCUUUGUCAAAUAAAGUCAAAGAUGGGACUCCAUGCUCGGAGGAUAGCCGUAAUGUUUGUAUAGAUGGGAUAUGUGAGAGAGUUGGAUGUGACAACAUCCUUGGAUCCAAUGCCGUGGAAGACUCUUGUGGUGUGUGCAAGGGGAAUAACUCAGACUGCACAGUGCACAAGGGCCUCUAUGCCAAGCACCACCGCACCAACCAGUAUUAUCAGAUGGUUACCAUUCCUUCUGGAGCCCGGAGUAUUCGCAUCUAUGAAAUGAAUGUAUCUACCUCCUACAUUGCUGUGCGCAAUGCCCUCAAAACAUACUACCUGAAUGGACACUGGACCGUGGACUGGCCCGGCCGCUACAAGUUUUCAGGCACUGCCUUUGACUACCGACGGACCCACAGAGAGCCAGAAAGCUUGACCUCUGCAGGGCCAACCAACGAAACACUGAUCGUGGAGCUUCUGCUCCAGGGCAGGAAUCCAGGCAUUGCCUGGGAAUACUCGGUGCCUCGGCGGGGAGGUGAGCAGAAGCCCAGUGCCCAGCCCAGCUACACGUGGGUCAUCGUCCGCUCCGAGUGCUCUGCUUCCUGUGGUGGGGGGCAGAUGACCACCCGAGAAGGCUGCUACAGAGACCUGAGGUUUCACGUAAAUACGUCAUUCUGCAAUCCCAACACCCGGCCUGCCACAGGGGUGGUGCCUUGCAAAGUAUCUGCCUGUCCUCCCAGUUGGUCCGUGGGGAACUGGAGUUCCUGCAGCAGGACGUGUGGUGGAGGGACGCAGAGCCGAGUGGUCCAGUGCACGCAGCGAGCCCAUUACAGAGCAGAGCGGGUCUCAGCCAGCCUGUGCCCACAGCCUGUCCCUGCCAGCCGACAGGCCUGCUGCCCCCAGAGCUGCCCACCCACUUGGAGUGCUGGGCCCUGGGCAGAGUGCUCGCGAACCUGCGGGAAGGGAUGGAGGAAGAGAUCCGUGGCCUGUAAGAGCACCAACCCCUCAGCCAGGGCACAGCUGCUGCCUGACGCCCUCUGUAGCUUGGAGCCCAAGCCCAGGACUCACGAAGCCUGUCCACUUAAGCGCUGCUACAAGCACAAGAAGCUGCAAUGGCUUGUGUCUGCCUGGUCCCAGUGCUCUGUUACCUGUGAAAGGGGAACACAGAAACGAUUCUUAAAAUGUGCUGAAAAGUACAUUUCUGGGAAGUACCGGGAGCUGACCUCAAAGAAGUGCUUGCAUUUGCCACAGCCUGACCUGGAGCUGGAACGCGCCUGCGCCCAGUUCCCCUGCCCCAAGCACCCCUUGUUUCCUGCCACAGGCCCGCCAAGGGCCAGCUGGUUUACCUCGCCCUGGUCUCAGUGCACAGCCAGCUGUGGGGGUGGCGUUCAGACCAGGUCCGUGCAGUGCCUGGCAGGGGGCCGGCCAGCCGUGGGCUGCUUCAUUCACCAGAAGCCCGAAGCCACCCUGGCCUGCAACACUCACUUCUGCCCCAUCGCAAAGAAGAAAGAUGCUGUCUGCAGAGACAACCUGCAUUGGUGCUCCCUGGUGCCCCAGCACGGGAUGUGCGGCCACCAGUUCUAUGGCCAGCAGUGCUGCGAGACUUGCUCCAAAUCCAACCUGUGA